CAAUUGAUCACCUUCACAUCUAUCUUACCAUACAGCCAUCCAUCGGCUUUAACCUUGUAUCCAACAUCAACCCGCAAUCAUGGCCAUCAGCAACCGUAGACUUUUCAGACAUUAUCCCUCCAAGAAGCCGACCUCAAAACCUGCCGCAUUCUUGUCAGCACUUGACAACGCAACAUCAGCACCAAGGAAGAAGGCCACUGCCACUACCUCACGUCGCCCGAAGUCGCUGCCUUACAAGAUCCCUCGCGCUCUGAAGAAGGCCAUCAAGAAGAACCUCGUCAAGAUCGUCAAGGAGCGCCGUCACAAGAUCAAAGCGGAAGAGCACAAGAAAACUCUCAUCGACAUCGAAGCCCGCACCUUCGAAUCCCGCGGCUACUUCCAAGCCUUCGACCACAUCUUGCAGAACUUCGACAUGAGUGAUGAAUUGGCAUAUGCGCUGGAUGAGUUGCUGCUCAGAUGUGUGGCAAACACUCAAGCUGGAGUUGGAAGACAGGAGGCUGGGUUGAUCGGCAAGAAGGCUUUUGCCAGCAAGGUUCUCGAGGGCGGUUACAUCACUGAGGAGAUCAAGAAGGAGAUGCUUGAGUGGAAGGGCGAAGACGGAGUUGAGGGUGAGGAGUGGGUCAAGAUCAAGGAUCUGCUCGAGUUGGCAGGCCAUGAUGAGAUUGACGAAGAGAAUGAGAGUGGUUCCGGAACUACUCAGGAUUGAGUGAAGAAGGAAUUGGACAACGACACGACACCAACAACACGACGAAAAGCUUGAGCGAAGAGACUGAAGAGACUCAAGAUUGAAUUCUGAGGAUGAAGCUUACUCGCAUCGAUGCUGGAGAAGCAGCUAACGGGAUCCUCGAGAUGCAGAAGCUUGACUAUGAGAAACACGACUGGAUGAAGAAGCAUGAGGGGACGAAAAAGAUCGUCUACCUGCUGGAUCAGGCUUGCAACAAAAC